AUGAACCCGAUCAAAGAUAUUGUCGAAUUAUUUCCAGGUUUAUCAAUAACCAACUUGUUGAUUCGAGAAAUUAAUCUUCGUUGUGAUCCAUUGGAUGGUGAUAUUGUUAAAACAUUAACAUCAGUAUGCGCAAAAUUAAUUAAAUAUGUUGAUCAUCCACGAAAAGAAGAUAUUGUUGAAGGUGAACAACCAUUUUUUAUAUUGGAGCAUUUGGUUAUGAAACGUUAUAAACAUUCAAAAAAGUUGUUAUUAAAUCAUGAAGUAAUUGAGGCAUAUCCAAUGAUACAAGUACAAUCAAUGGAUAACAUUAAAGAUUAUUCUGUUGUUAUUGAAUACAACAGACUUAUUACAACAAAUUUACAAGUUGAAGCAAUGACUGCUUUAAUUGGGUCAUAUGAGAUAUUCAAUAUAGAAUAUCCAUUAAAAGUGCGGGCAACAUUAGAAGUUCUCAACGAUUUAUCGUUCAAAAAAAAGAUCGUUUUUUUUUGUCAUUAG